CCUUACUUCUUGACCCCUUGUUCUCCUAAAAAUACUAUUCAAAACUCAUUCAAUUAAUGAGAAUCAAACAGGCUCUAUAGUCCAUGUUUCGUUCUCAUUUUUAAAAUUUAAUACUUCACAAUAUGUAUAUGCUUAAUUGUAGGCAUGCUUUGAAGCAUAUGAAGGAAGGGAGUAGCAUAAUCAACACAACAUCAGUGACUGCAUACAAAGGGAAUGCUAAAUUACUCGACUACACAUCGACAAAAGGGGCGAUUGUGGCUUUCACUAGGGGACUUGCAUUACAACUUGUGAAGAAAGGAAUCCGCGUAAAUGGCGUGGCACCUGGUCCUAUUUGGACACCUCUGAUUCCAGCGUCUUUCAGCGAAGAAGAAACUGCGAACUUUGGGAAAGAAGUGCCAAUGCAGAGGGCAGGGCAGACGAUAGAGGUUGCUCCAUCUUAUGUCUUUCUUGCUUCAAAUGUGGACUCAUCUUAUAUAAGUGGACAAAUCCUUCAUCCUAAUGGUGGAACCAUAGUCAAUGGCUAGUUAGCCUAUUGUGUCAUGGGGUUUUGUUAAAUAGAAUUAUGUACUGAGGGAUGGUCUGUUGAUAGUCUUCAACUUGUACUACUGUGUUUGCAUGGUGUUGAAUAAAACUCUUAUAAAGAUAUUUGUGCAAA